UCAGCUACUCCUCCACAGUCUCCUUCAUUAAUGUCCUCAGUCUGUCGUAGCAGUACAAAGAAGGGAAGGAUGGAUAUGAACGUGUUCAUGGAGCGAAUGGAAGGUUUUAAAGCAAGGAUGGCUAUACUCAACGCUAUGAACAGAAACGAAGAUAGGGAUCCUAUUAUAGUCAAGACUCCGCUCCCAAGUCGGUCCAUGCUAGCCACGCCUACUUCAAUUUUGAAAGCGAAACCGACAAUAUCUCAAACAUCUUCACCUCCAGUUUUUACUGACACAACCACAAGACGUAUCAGGUUUGCUCUCGAAGAUUCGGGAGAGAAGUUAAGUUCUAGCGCUAUUGCUAUAGCAACGCCACUCCCACCUUCUGACGAUGAGUCUGAUUCAUUUUAUUCACUCGAUGGUUCGGGUGAUGAGAUGGGCGGAGACAAUGAAGGUGUGGCUCAAGCUACCAUAGCAUCCCCUCCAUCAUUUGCUAAUGAGGUUGUGCUGGGUGACGCUGGUGGUAGAGGCGAAGGGGAGAUGGAGGGGUCGUUUAUUGCUGCAGAAGAUGAAGAUAAGGAAGAAGAGCAGUCUGUGUCCACUUCUCAACUAAAAUCUGCUCUUAAACUGACUCCUAGUUCUCUUCGUUCCUCUUAUGUACCACCUGCUCUAGUCAGUAUGGACACUGUCUCUCUAUCUCCUGUCAUCAAAAUACCAAGGAGACGUCUUCCAGGAUCAAAGAUGGCUUCGAAACCAUCAACAUCCGCACACACCCCAGUUCAUUCCAGUGUGAUGGUAUCCACUCAAGAGUACACGUUCUCUCCCCCGAGCACUGUUGCUCCUCCUCCUCCCCCUCCUAGUGCUGCUACCCCAAUGACAGUUGAUGAUGAAGCUAGUGCUGCACCUGUUCAAGAAAAGACAAAGUACGUAUUCUCUCCUCCUCUUCUUCGCUCGGCUAGUCGCGAGAGGAAAAAUAAAGAACUCUCACAGUUUGGCACUGGAUUGGACGCAGAUACACCAAGCACAAGGCGUACUUCAUCUGCAUUUGCUCAGAAACCAAAGGAGAAGCCAUUGAAGACAGUAAAAGGAAUGGGAAGGAGGAGGAAGUAGUACAAUGACUGUUCACUACCAAUUCUUUUAAUGAUAGUUGCAGAAUAGAUAAUGAUGAUUGGAAGUGUACAAUUUUAGUCAGUGAUUUUGCUGAAUUCUUAACUUCUUUUCACAAAUUAUACAUCAAUUGUUUUAAUGAUAAUUAUUAUUAUAUAAUAAAAAUUAAAGAAACAUUAAAAA